GAACGGUCGCGCUGCAUGCCGGGAAGUGUAGUUCCUGCCGUGAGGGAGCGGUUGAGAAAGGCUUCCGUCUAUGCAGAUAAGUGGGCGGGGCUUGAGGCCGGGCAGCCAGGGGCCGCCACUGGAUGCGGCGGCGGCAGCAGCUGCGGUAUUUCCCGGCGUGGAGGAGGCGGGGCCAGGGGAGGAGGCGUUGAGCGCGCCCCUGUGCCGCCUCAUGUGUGCCCUGCCCGGGGAGCAGGAAAGGAGCCUCCGGCGGCGGCAACCAUGUCUGAGAAUGGCGCCUCCGCUGCCCCCGUCCCCAACGGCGAGUGCGCCGCGCGGCCGCCUGGCAACAAGGUGACCGUGGUGCUGGGGGCCCAGUGGGGCGACGAGGGCAAGGGCAAGCUGGUGGAUCUGCUGGCGCAGGACGCGGACAUCGUCUGCAGGUGCCAGGGAGGCAACAAUGCUGGGCAUACUGUUGUUGUAGAUUCCGUGGAAUAUGAUUUUCAUCUCUUACCCAGUGGGAUCAUCAAUCCAAAGGUCAUUGCAUUCAUUGGAAAUGGUGUGGUGAUUCACUUGCCAGGACUGUUUGAAGAAGCAGAGAAAAAUGUAAAAAAAGGAAAAGGACUAGAAGGCUGGGAGAAACGAUUAAUAAUUUCCGACAGAGCUCAUAUUGUAUUUGACUUUCAUCAGGCUGCUGAUGGCAUUCAAGAACAACAAAGACAAGAGCAAGCAGGAAAGAACUUGGGAACGACCAAAAAGGGGAUUGGUCCAGUGUAUUCUUCGAAAGCAGCUCGAAGUGGGCUCAGAAUGUGUGAUCUUGUUUCUGAUUUUGGUGAAUUUUCGGAGAGGUUCAAAGUGUUAGCUAAUCAGUACAAAGCUAUAUAUCCAACCUUAGAGAUAGAUCUUGAAGGGGAAUUGAAAAAACUCAAGGGCUACAUAGAAAGGAUUAAACCAAUGGUGAGGGAUGGUGUUUAUUUCAUACAUGAGGCUCUACAUGGACCACCAAAGAAAAUCUUAGUAGAAGGUGCAAAUGCAGCAUUACUGGACAUCGAUUUUGGGACGUAUCCUUUUGUGACCUCUUCGAAUUGUACAGUUGGAGGCGUUUGCACAGGUUUGGGCAUGCCGCCUCAGAAUGUUGGGGAAGUAUAUGGAGUUGUAAAAGCAUAUACAACUAGAGUUGGAAUCGGUGCCUUUCCUACAGAACAAGAUAAUGAAAUUGGAGAAUUGCUGCAGAAACGAGGUAAGGAGGUUGGCGUGACCACUGGUAGAAAAAGAAGAUGUGGCUGGCUGGAUCUUGUGUUACUCCGAUACGCCCACAUGAUUAAUGGAUUUACUGCAUUGGCUGUUAUGAAAUUGGAUAUCUUGGAUGUAUUUCCAGAAAUCAAAGUUGGAGUUGCUUACAUACUAAAUGGUGAAAUCAUACCUCAUUUUCCUGCAAACCAGGAAGUCUUAAAUAAAGUAGAGGUUCAGUAUGAGACAUUCCCAGGAUGGGACACAGACAUAUCAAAUGCAAGAACAUUUGAUGAACUGCCUGUAAAUGCACAGAACUAUGUUCGCUUUAUAGAAAUGGAGCUUGGCAUUCCUGUUAAAUGGAUUGGAGUAGGGAAAUCCAGAGAGUCAAUGAUCCAGAUGUUUUAAAGAUUUCAGAUGCGUGGAAGAAAGCACACUCCUCAAUAAGACUGCUUAGUCUUACAUGUAUUAUUAGUAGCCUACAAAGCAAAGAUGUUGGAAGAAUAGAUCUUGCGAGGAAAGAAAUGCUAGAGUUGGUCUCCCAAACUGAUUGAUUGCUACUCCUGAAAGACUUUGACCUCUACCUAUAUCAGCUCUCUAUCCAACUGGCAAUAUCUCCAGGACACUUUCCAUUACUGUUAUACAUGGUGCCACCAGACUUUUCUUUAUCAUCUAGUAUUUACUUCAUAACAUAAUCCUUGAUGUUUGAAAAUGGAAGGUAACAUUAUUUUCCUGACUUUGUCUUGAUUGUCGUAUCCAUGCUUCUGGCGGUGUUACUUCCCUGAAAUCUUAACCAGUAAAAAUAAUGCAGUUUUGCACAAAUGGUUUUACAUCCUCAUUAUAUGUACUCCUAAAUAUGUUGUAUUCUUUAUGGCUGCUGUUGUAGUGAGUGAUUAAAGAGGGAUUCUGAUGAUUUUAUAAUGCUAUAAACAUUGUCUAAACUGUG